AUGGACGUCCUUCCACCCGAGGUGUGGGGGCGCGUCUUUGGACUGCUCGAUCCCCCGUCCCUGGCACGGGCUUGCUGCGUGUGCAAGGCAUGGCGCGAAUUGGGCACACAGGAGAGCGUGUGGGCGUUUGUCGCCGAACGACACCAGUACACGGCGCGUGGCGAACGGAGCGUGCAGCGCGCGCUGCAGCGGUACUACUACGGCGCUGAGCACGCGAGUGCCGCAGCGUACUUUGACGAGGUCCGGUCGUUCGGCGACCUGUGCAGGAAGCGGCAUACGCUCGACACGCUCUGGGGAACCAACGCCGCCCCGGCGCUGGAUACGACGCGCGAUACGCUCGAGCUCCGGCCCCAGAUCGACUACUAUCGCCCGAGCGGGUCGCUCGAGGACGUGUGGCGCAUCAAGAUCGACCCCUUUGAAAACUGCCUCAUCGAGUCGCAUGUGCACGGCGGCGUACGCACGCUCGACAUCCACAGCGGCGAAGUGCUCUGGCGCCACGAGCCGCCAGACGCACGCCCGUUUCCCCACCUCGAGUUCUCCGACGGGUGGUUGGUCUUUGACCGCGACGCGCCGGGACACUUUGAGGUGUGGCGCAGCGCGCGCCUCGUGCCGGACGCACACGAGGCGCACCGGGGGGAGUACAUACGCUACACGAUCCUCGACGUCCCGGAAAUGGUGCGAGCGUACCGCAUGCAGUUUCCGACGCUCGCAUUCGUCUCGAUCUUUGACUCGUACAGCGAAAUGGACGUGGCGUCCAAGACCCUGACACGCACCGUGCCUUUGGCCAAUACGCUGCACCAGCACCGCAACGUGAGCUACAUCGAGUUCGACGACGAGCAUAUCUUCUUGGUCGGAUUUGGGUUCAACCGCGUCUCGAUUCUGCACCGCGACUCGGGCGAGGUCGUCUGGACGCUCGCCGAUCACAUCAAGGAACGCGGCGUGCCGGACUGCUAUCGGGCCGCGCCACUCCGCACAGACGACCGCCACGCCCUCUUGCUCCGGCAGCAAGUGCAGGUCAGACCGCCCCGCUGGGUGUCGUACCUCGCACACUGGUCGCCACGCGAUCCGACGCAGCUGUGUUACUCGUGGCACGCUGUACACCCGGAUCGCGACACCGAGACACUGGUCGCCCUCGGCGAGUCGUGCAUCCUCCUCAUUCCAAAGUACAAGGCCAUGCUCCGCGGCGAAGAGGUGCCCAAUAUGCGCAUGUACCUCCUCCAAAGCGAGCGCGACUCGCGCAUCUUUGACGAGUACGAGCCGGAAGAGCUCGCCGAGGCGCUGCGCCACCGCCGCAGGCCGCGUCAAGAUAGCAGCGGGCAGCUCUCGGUCGCCAACGGACGCGUGGCCGCCGUGGUCGAGUCGCUCACGGUGCUCGACCUCAACGCACCGACGCUCGGCAGGACCAACGACGGCGAGCCGAUCCAAGUGCCGUUCGCCGCGUACGAAUGGUCCGACCAGCCGAACGCAUUUGACUGGUACACAGGGCCCAUCGACCAGUUCAGGGGGUGCAGCUGCGUCCAGAUGGACGCAACAGGGAUCUACUGCGUCACUCGCCAGGCGCUCGAGCGCGAGGUCGGCGUCGCCCCGGACGAUUUUCCGCCAGAGUACCAGCAGGAAGCGAUGCGGCAAGACUCGAGUAUGGUCACGGGCUUUCAUUUCGACGACCGCGCAAAACCGCCCAAGGCCCUGGAAAAAAAGUCGAUUGUAAAACAGGUGCUUAUGCCCUAUCCAGAUCCUAUGGAAGCAUGGGAAACAGAGACCGAGUCAUGGAGCCAGUCUGUUUAG